ACUAAACACUGUCUCUGCAUUUUAAUUUACAGUUUCAACAUGUUAAGAGAAUUUGUGAAUGCAAGAACUGUGUCUGUGCACACGGCACCAUCUGCAUCACUGUUCACAUGUUGAAACUGUAAAUCAUGACGCAGAGACAGUGUUCAGUUUCCUGUGGCUGCAGCGGAGCUCCUUCUGUCAUGCGAUACUUUGCUGCCAUCUAGUGGCGGUAACUUUAAAUGACCAGGCUGCUGGCUGCGGAUGCUUCAGCUGCUGCAUGAAGACAUCACUUAUCUUUUGCACGUUAUGAUUUCCUUUAAGUUAAUUUGAGGCCAAACUGUUGUCAGAUGUUGUUGGUGUGUUUGGAGGGUUUCUCUCAUGUGCUCCCUUUCCCUCUCCUGGAGCUGCGCCCAGGUGUGCUGCGUUCACUGACGAGGUGCACUGCUCAGCGAGGAGGAGCACCUGGUGCGGAGGGAGGUGCUUAGAAACCCCUCAGACUGGAUUGUUUUCAUGGUGUGUUAUGGGGUUGGUUUGGGUCUGUUUAAUGUCCCCCAAAGGACAACCAAUCACAGGGUCAAGCACACCUCCUCACCAAGGUAAAAGCUCCUGUCACUCCCUCCGUUUAUCACAAGCAGGUCAUGUUCUAAGGUCUCUGUCACAGACCCGCUGUCAUGUUUCCUUCAGCUGCUGUGUGAAGAGCGUCGUUGCCUCACUUCACCACCAGGUGUCAGCAGAGGAGUCUCAGCAGCUCGGUGCGCAGAGGAAACACUAGAGCCAGCACAUGAGCGAACACUGCUCAGGAUAAAACCGUCUCCGACCUCACUGCAGCUUUUCACAGGAUCAGAGCAGGAGAGGCUUUUAUUUUGUAGGCGCCACUGCUUCACCGGAAGUCUUAUUUUGUGUUGUUCUGCUUGAGCUUGACGCAUCUUUUCAUGGCAACAUUUAGAGGCUGGUCCACGCGUCACACACCAUCACUUGUGUUACUACAUGAAGACUACGCACUUGGGGGACAGAUGCGGAGACACGAUGUGACAUUUGGCCGCGCGUAAUUUGCGCAUUUGGAUAGCGGUGCGCGCGGUGAAUGCGCCGCUGUUUGCGUGAUGAUUUGACUGUUGGAGUGAGUCCAGGGAUGCUGCGGCUUGUCUGGCUGCCGGAGUGCCGCCGCGCAACGAGGGGCUGCGCCCUCCACAUUUGCUGAGGCGCGGGAGCGGGCGUGUGUGCGCGUUUGCCGACCUUCUGAUCUGCAUCCCCCGCUAUGGAUCACUCCUGGGACAUUUAAGCAUCUCCUGCGGUGAUAACGGGGCUGUGGGAGCGCGCACUGUCCCUCCUCCCCAGGCUGCAACAUGGGGAACAGUUUCUCCAAUUUGGGUGCCUUCCAGUCCCUGCACAUAGUCAUGCUCGGCUUGGACUCUGCGGGUAAAACCACCGUGCUGUACCGGCUGAAAUUCAACGAGUUCGUCAACACGGUGCCCACCAUCGGCUUCAACACGGAGAGGAUCCGGCUGGGCGGCGCGGGGGCCUCCAGGGGCAUCAGCUGCCACUUCUGGGACGUCGGGGGCCAGGAGAAGCUGCGGCCCCUGUGGAAGCCCUACAGCCGCUGCACGGACGGCAUCGUGUACGUGGUGGACUCCGUGGACGCCGAGAGGCUGGAGGAGGCCCGGACCGAGCUGCACAAGAUCACCCGGUUCGCGGAGAACCAGGGGACCCCGCUGCUCGUCAUCGCCAACAAGCAGGACCUGCCCCGGGCGCUGGAUGUCGGGGAGAUAGAGAGGCAGCUGGCUCUGGCUGAGCUCAGCCCCUCCACCCCGUACCACGUCCAGCCGGCCUGCGCCAUCAUCGGAGAGGGGCUGGAUGAGGGCAUGGACAAGCUGUAUGAGAUGAUAGUGAAGAGGAGGAAGUCACUGAAGCAGAAGAAGAAGAGGCAGUGAUGGAAAUAUUAGGAGCAGAUAGAAACAAACCAUGACGCAUAGAUAUGAUUAUUGAUCCCCACUGACACACUGCAAGUCUCAUAUAUGACGGGAAUAUAUUUAUAGUGAUGCUAUAAGCUAAACAAUGUCACUCUGAACUCAUUAGGGUCUGUGUGAUUGUAUGUGAAUGUUACAGAGGGACAUAAUGAAGCAGAACAGCUAUGACACAAAGUCACAAAAUAAUCAUAAGAAUCUCACAUUCCUGUGAACAUCUAUCGACAGUUUAAACCCUCUUUACAGGCAGGUUAAAGUCCCUGAUGUAGCAUUAUUAAUAGGACAGUGUCAUCAGGGACGUCUACAUUUAUAUGGAGUGUAUGGAUCCACUGGCAGAGCGCCCUGUUGCUGCCGCGUCGGUGCCGAGCACAGAUGUGAGACUGUUGUAAAUGUGGUUAGGGAUGCACUGAUGCUGUGAGGUGGUGUCACACCAAAGAUGAUUCCCUCUCUGUCUCUUCCAUCCC